AUGGCGCACCACGAGGAGGACCACAGCUACCACCCCAAGGAUGCUAUCUCAGCAGCCACAAAGACCACAUUACUGACAGGUACUGUUGGUCUCAUGGCAUCCGCUGUCCAGAACACCUUGGCCCGCCGCAACGUCGGAGCCCUGGGUGUUCUGACGCGCAGCGGGGGUACCAUCGGUAUCUUUGCCGCAAUGGGUGGUACUUAUGAAUUUGUGCGAACUGCCUCCGCGAACUUGCGUGAAACCGAGGACACCUACAACACCGCAUUGGGUGCAUUCUUCUCCGGUUCUCUUCUGGGUUUCCGAGCCCGCUCCUUCCCCGCUGUUCUCGGCUACGGCGUUGCCCUCUCCACCGCCAUGGUCGCUUUCGAGUACACUGGUGGAUCCCUGUUUGGAUACCAGAAGGAUCGAUCUGAAGACGAGUUUGAGCGUCGCCAGAAGAUCCGCAAGAACUUCCAGACUCCGGCUGAGCAGACAUUCGCCGAGCUCGGCGAGGGACGCGGCAUCUACGGUGCUAACUACGAGGAGCGCCGGGCUGAGCGCAUCAAGGAGACAUACGGAAUUGAGGUCCCCACAGGCAAGGUUCCUGCUUCAUAA